CUUAGCCUGACCCGAAGCGUCACGGCGAGUGGGGGGGACGAUGCAGGAUGACACGUGCUACCUCAAACGCAAAGUGAAGACAUGCGGAUUGGACGUCCAUCCCACGGAGAAGGCGCUGGUGGUGCAGUAUGAGGUGGAAGCCUCCAUACUUGGAGAGACAGGAGACCACAUGCUGGGAGAACGUAAGGAUGGACAUAAGAUUAUCCGGGUGAAAAGCCUGUCCCCUAGUACAGAUGUGGGGGCAUUGGCCAGAAAAGUGGUGGAGGAGUGUAAACUCAUCCCUCUGUCCUGUCUGCCCCAAGUAGAACAGCUUCUCUACUAUCUCCAGAAUAGGAAAUCGCCUUCUGGAGAGGGCAAAGUGGAGAGGAAAGAGAGGAGAGCGGUGAAACCCAGAGAGCUUACCCCGUUUGAAGGAAUGGAGUUAAACGAGGAGGCCAGUAUAACCAGGGUGGACGAGUACGUGGAGCUGCUCUACGAAGGAAUUCCAGAGAAGAUCAGAGGCUCUGCUCUCAUUCUGCAGCUGGCCCGAAACCCCGACAACCUGGAGGAACUGCUGCAGAACGAGACCGUUCUAGGAGCUCUUGCCAGGGUUUUGAGGGAGGACUGGAAACAGAGUGUAGAGCUGGCCACUAUCAUCAUCUACAUCUUCUUCUGCUUCUCCAGUUUCUCUCAGUUCCACGCCGUAGUGAGUCAUUAUAAGGUCGGAGCAUUGUGCAUGAGCAUGGUGGAACAUGAGCUGAAGAGGUACACCCUCUGGCAGGAAGAACUACACAAGAAGAGCAAGGCUUGUGAGUCUGAUCCUGAGAACGGUUCUCUGAGGAGGGAACAGGACAAAGCUCUCAGGAAGUACCGUGGCCUUCUGGGCAAACAAGAACAGCUGUUUCGAGUGUCUCUCUACCUCUUGUUGAAUCUUGCCGAGGACACGCGGACAGAGUUGAAGAUGAGGAACAAGAAUAUCGUCAGCCUGCUGGUCAAAGUUCUGGAGCGGGACGAUGAGGAGCUGCUGGUCUUGGUCGUGUCCUUCCUGAAGAAGCUGUCCAUCUUCCUCGAGAACAAGAACGAUAUGGCUGAGGUGGAUACUGUUGAGCGAUUGGCCCGUCUGGUUCCUUGUGACCACGACGACCUUCUGAAUCUGACGCUGCGCCUGCUGCUCAACCUCUCCUUUGACUCCGGACUCAGAGCCAAGAUGGUGGAGGUUGGACUGCUGCCCAAACUGACUGCCUUACUAGGUGAUGCGAACAACCGACAGGUGGUCAUCUGCACCCUGUACCACAUCAGUGUUGAUGAGCGCUUCAGGGUCAUGCUGGCCUACACUGACUGUAUACCUCAGCUGAUGCAAAUGCUUUAUGAGCACGGUGAGGAAAAGAUAAACCCAGAGCUCAUCUCCCUCUGCAUCAAUCUGGCUGCCAAUAAGAGGAACGCCCAGCUCAUGUGUGAAGGUAACGGGCUGAAGAUGUUAAUGAAAAGAGCUCUGAAGCUGAAGGAUUGUCUGCUGAUGAAGAUGAUCAGAAACAUCUCCCAGCAUGAUGGACCCACUAAACAGCUUUUUGUAGACUACGUUGGUGACUUGGCAGCGCAGAUCAGUGCAGAGGAAGAGGAGGAGUUUGUUCUGGAAUGUCUGGGAACACUGGCCAACCUCACCAUCCCGGACCUGGACUGGGAGUUGGUACUUAAAGAAUACAACUUGGUACCUUACCUCAAGGACAGGCUUAAACCAGGUUCAGCAGAGGACGACCUCAUCCUGGAGGUGGUGAUCAUGAUUGGAACCGUGUCCAUGGAUGACGCCUGUGCUGCCAUGUUGGCCAAAUCCGGCAUCAUUCCCGCCAUUAUAGAGCUGCUAAAUGCCCAACAGGAGGACGAUGAGUUUGUGUGCCAGAUCGUCUACGUCUUCUACCAGAUGGUCUUUCACCAGGCCACGCGAGACGUCAUCAUCAAAGAUACCCAAGCCCCCGCCUACCUGAUAGACCUGAUGCAUGACAAGAACGCUGAGAUCAGGAAGGUCUGUGACAACACGCUGGACAUUAUCGCUGAGUACGAUGAGGAGUGGGGGAGGAAGAUUCAGUCGGAGAAAUUUCGUUUCCACAACAAUCAGUGGUUGGAGAUGGUGGAGAGCCGACAAGCAGAGGAUGCUGAACCAUAUCUUUAUGACAAUGACAGGACCGAUCUGUACUACAGCGCUGAUGGUAUAACUCCAGCGGACGGUUCAGUCAGUCCAGAUUUCUACAGAGACCUGCAGCCUCAGAAUGGAGACUCUCAUCUUGCCGGGGAUGGCAGCGACGCCUUUGACCAGACCAGCUCCUCUCCUGGCCGACCAGCCACGGCCUACGGCUUCAGACCUGAUGAGCAGCCCUACUAUCAGUAUACGUAGACACACACAAACAGCACCUCAACAUGUACAGUACAAAUAACAACCAGUAUUUUGCUAUGGUAAGAAUGUGUAGUGAGAACUAGCGCCUGUCAAAGAAUUCUUUACCAUUACUUGAAAGGCUCCAAUAGUUCCUAGUAGGGAUCCAAAAUGUGAUGGUAUCAGGGAGCACGAGCAUUUCAGCCAGAAAAUUGGGUCUAUUCUAAUGUUAUUUAGCAUCAGUAUUCAGUUUGAAGAGGUGAAAACCAAAUCAUGCAAGACUUGAAACAGCGUUAAGAUUUAUCAUGGAGGAAAAAAAUGGCCAUGCAGCCAUCUUUGCCCUGGAAAACUGGCGAAGGAAAGCUUAAUCCAAGGCUUAAUUUACACCUGUCA